UUACUGCUUCCAGGUUUCACUUGGUGUAUUUAUUCACUUGAAACUUUUCUAACACUUAGGGCUUCGAGGUCCUCACCCACUAAGCAAAUUCUCUUCCUCGGAGCACUCAGAAGAUGAAGAAAAUGUAUAUAAGGCACUACUUAAUUGUUGAUUGUGAACCAAGAGUCAUUACUGGAGAGUACUAGCUUCAAACAUACGCUGCAAAACUUGGAAGAUAGAGGCAUCUUCACUCCAUCCUGAGAAGUUGUGCCAGAGAGCUUGAAUGAGUCUGCCCUUCUCACAACCUUUGAAAACUUCACUGGAGAACUGAGAAGAAAAUACAAGGUUAGGUACAGAAGGAGUCCACUUUAUUCAAAAGAUGCAAAGAAAGCACCGAAUUGCAUAAUGAAACUUUUAAACCAGAUAUACCUGUGCAGAUUCAAUAAGCUAGAGAAGUUUCAGAAUUUUGUUCUUCAAGGGUUGAGCAAUCUUGAGAAGGAUAUUCAGCCCCUGGAACACCUUGAAAAGGACGCUCUGGAGUUCGAGGGGAAACAGUCUGCUGAUCUGAAAUUGUUCUGUGAUCUGCAAGUGCUGAGGUGUUCCUCUGCACCCUGACCGUCUGUCCUCUGAGGAUCCGUUUCGUCUUCAGGCGAAAUGGUAGAAGAAUGAAUACAAAGUCUUGGGAGGAGACAGAAGCAGGGGAACCUCUGGGUUUGUACAAGGUCUCAGAAACCAAAGGACAAGGGGUGUUUGAGAAUGGUGCUGUUAACACUGUCAAGUGGCAACAGAGUCACAAAAGGCUGUGUCCAGAAAAAAACUUAUAAUCUGGGUUACAGACUUCCAGAUGGAGGUUUGAAAUCUACCUAUAGUAGAUCUCCAUUUGCAGGUUUGAACCCCCCUCCAUACCCUGUACAAGGAGCCUUAAUGGCAUACCCUAGUUGCAGAACAUCUGUAGGGACCCUGAGGCAGCCCAUGGCGAGCCUCCCCAGCUUGCGCAGGCGUCUGAGCUGUAGCAUCCAGACCCACACUGCGAGGGCCGCGGAGCUGGGCAACCGGAUCCCGCUUCGCGCGGGUAAAACGGUUUUGUCCGUUAGCAUUGGCGGGCAUGCGCACGGACGGUGUUCCGAGGUGCGCAUGCGCACGGACGGUGUUCCGAGGUGCGCAUGCGCACGGACGGUGUUCCGAGGUGCGCAUGCGCACUUGUGUCUAACGGCUCAGGUUGGCUCGGCUCGGCUCGGCUCGGCUCGGCUCGGCUCUCUUCUGCCUGUCACUUCACUUUGUGUCGGAAACAAGCUUUCUUGGAGCUUGUGUCCAGACCGUGUUCUCUGAGUUGGAUUGGGCUGGGGGGUGGGGGGGGAGAGGAGUAGGUGAGGUGUCUGGAAGCCCACAACCGGCACCAUGAAGAAGUUCUUUACCUCCUUGAGGAAGGAGGGCGAGGGCAAGUCGCCCUCCAAGGGCAGCCUGUGGAAGGCUGUGGUGGCCCACAGGGACGAGAUUCCUGAGAAGGCCUACACGGAGACCUGUUAUGAGAUCGAUGCGAGAGAGCUAACCGAGUUCCACUGUGCUGUUUGCUUUGAGGAGGCAUCUAAAGUUGAGAACAUCCUGAGGGAAGAUCCAUCAUGGUUGGACAGCAGAGAUUGGUACCGCAGGACUGCUCUACAUUUGGCCUGUGCCACGGGCCGGGCAGAAGUGGUGAGACUCCUCAUCAAGAGAAAGUGCAAACUUAACUUGUCUGACAACAAAAAGAGGACAGCUCUGAUGAAGGCCGUCCAGUGCCAGGAGGAGGAGUGUGUAACCAUACUGCUGAAGGCUCUGGCUGAGGUAGAUCGUCAGGAUGCCUAUGGCAACACUGCUCUUCACUAUGCUGUUUCUCAGCAGAAUGUAUCAAUAGCAAAACAACUGCUCUCACAUGGUGCAUUUAUUGAUCGCCGAAACAAGAGUCACCUCACACCACUUUUACUUGCUGUAAGUCGAAAAGAAGAGGAAAUGGUGAAGUUUUUACUAGCAUUUGGAGCAAACAUAAAUGCAGUUGAUAAGUUGAAAAGAAAUGCUUUCAUGCUGGCGAAAGAGUCUCAGUCAACACGUGUACUCAGUCUUCUUCAGGACCAUGUUGAUAGGAUGGCCUUAGGACAGAAUCUAGAUGACACUUUUGCUAUUGGUUUCAAUAGAAAUAGAAUUCCCCAACAAAUUUCACAAGAUAAAGAAGAAAAGAUUCUGGAAAAUCCUUCUCAAAUUAGCAAUCCAGUAGUGGAUGAGAUUACUGAAGACCCCAUGUUCAGGAUUUCCAUCAAAGCGGAUAUUUAUGGAAAACCAGAUACUGACUCAUUUUCUGAACACCUCGAUGUUGAUACCAAGAAUGUUCUGCCACCAGGUAGUACAGAGGAGGAGACAACAAAGCCAGCAGGUUUAAGAGAGGAAAAUGGUAUGAGUAUUAUUGAAAAUGCUCCACGAGAGCAAAAUGUAAUGUCACUUUUACUGUAACACGUGAAAAUAGCAGAAGCGGUAAAUCUGUGAAUAUCUCUGAGAUUUCUCCAUGCGUAAAUACUGUCGUAAAGGCACCAGUUAACAUAUGUGGCUUCAAAUGUAACAACCGUUUCCUGUAAUUAUUUUUCUUUUCCUGUUUUCCUUCAUACGGCCUACCUUUUGUUCUUUUAAUCUGCAUCGA